AUUGGAGUUGGUUUCAAGGGGUUCAUAACAACGACGAACAAACAUGACGCCUUCCUCUUGAUCAUUUCUGGGCUUGUUUUUAUUUUAAACACGAAAAUUAGCUUAUAUUGUAUUUCGUAUUUUGGGUUGAUAACAAGAUUCUACGCGUGCUUCUCCUCCCAGCAUGUGUGAUCCGGUGCGGAAGGACCUGUACGAUGUUCUGGGUGCCAGCCCCUCAGACUCCCUGCAGCAGCUCAGACACAGAUACAAACAGCUGGCUCUGAAGUACCAUCCAGACCGUCUUGAAGGUGAACAUUCUUCAGAGUCCAGAGUGAAGACGUUUCUUGAAGUUGAUGCAGCCUGGAAGAUUCUUAGUGACCAGACCACAAGAAGACAGUAUGACAUGCAGAGGAGAGCACAGGAACUGAAACAGGACUGGACAGUAGAUUCUAUUGUCUGCCUGGAGGACAUGACAUGGGACCCAGAUGAAUAUGAAUACACAUAUUGCUGUCGCUGUGGAGGAAGAUUCGGUGUCUCCAAGGAUGAGGUAGAGGUGGAGACACAGAGGAUGCUGCAAAUACAUAAUGAUGAAGAAAUGCACAAAGGACAGCACAGUGGCGUGCUCGUUUGCUGCAAUACCUGCUCGCUCACUAUUUGUGUCACUUGGUUGUUAAAUCAAAACAUGCAAAUGUCAAAAUAAAUGUUUACAAUAUUUUCCAAAUAAA